AGUUGUGCCGUUCCCGCAAGCCUAGCUCACCGACUCCGACAUCCUCAAGACAUGGCCCCUUCCGCUAAGACCACCAAAAAGACCGGCAAGCAGCGCUCGGCGCUCCAGGAUGUCGUGACCCGCGAAUACACCAUCCACCUCCACAAGCGCGUCCACGGCCGCUCCUUCAAGAAGCGCGCCCCCUGGGCCGUCAAGUCCGUCGUUGACUUCGCGCACAAGGCGAUGGGCACCACGGACGUCCGUCUCGACCCCAAGCUCAACCAGGCUCUCUGGGCACAGGGCAUCAAGUCCGUUCCUCACCGGAUACGCGUAAAGCUUGAGCGCAAGCGUAAUGACGAGGAGAACGCGAAGGAGAAGCUCUUCACCUACGCGAGCUACGUCCCCGUAGAGUCCUUCAAGGGCCUCGAGACGGUUGUCGUCGACGCCGAGUAGAUGUUCUAUCAUUUUUCUACCGCUUUGUGUCGAUACUCCUCCCGAGCGAGGUGGCGCCCGGGUCGGAGGGAAGGGAAGGAACGGCCCUGGGGCUGUCUGUCCGCUGUAUUAUGCCUUGCCAUGCACCCACACGUACGUACGCUCCGCCGCACGCGCUACUGCCCCCAUAUGCUAUGUCGAGCAACCAAAAACACACCACCGCCAUAUCAGCGUGUCCAC